UUGACGCAGCACCGACAGGCGGAUUGCUCGGCUCACGGACCCUGAUAGAGCAGAACGGACCGUUUGGACAGACGUGCGCGCGUCCGGAGGUGUGACUGGAUCUGGAUCGAACCGUAGGACGGACUGUGAGUGAUGAGGGCGUCGAGUACGCGCGUCGCGCACGGCUCUGCAGCUGAGAACACGCAGGUGGAUCCGCCAGAACUUGGACUGGCUGAGCCCAGACAGCCGAGUCCCUGAUCUCUGCCAUCUGCCUGUUGUGGUUCUGGCAUCCGGGAUCAUGGACCUCCCGCAGGAGUACUCUUUGUUCUUGGUCCGGAUGCUGGAGGAGCUGGACGUUAAGCACCGGACCAUGUCCUACCAGGACCUGUGCAAGGCUCUGUGCGCGCGCCUGGACCUGGCGCACCUGUCCAGGCUCCGCAGCCUGCUCUUCCACACCGCCUGCCUGGACCCGGCCUUCCCCGCUACGCUGUUCAAGGACAAGCUGCGGGGUUCCCUGGAGGACCCGCAGUCCACCAAGCUGAUGCUGGCCGCGGACGUGGUCGCCAUGUUCAACCUGAUCCAGAUGAACGGGGGCGUGACCAGAGACAAACUUCCCCCCGUCCACCGGCCCAGAAUCCACAAGCACCAGUCCGUGGAUGCGCACAGUGACUGCGAGAGGGGCGGGGCCUACGCGGACCCCCGCCUCCAUCACCAACAUCCUCAGCAUCCUUCUGGUCCCAGACCACCUGAGCGCCAGCAGGUUUUUCUGGGGGUCAGCAAGGACCUGAAGUGCAGAGCGGCCUCUCUGGACAAGCUGCACCACCUGCCCCAGUACCCGAGUCCGCCUUCCCCACCCUGCCACGUGCAGAUCUCCUACUUCCCCAUGGAGGUAGAUCCGGAUUCAACCACAGAGCAGGACUCCCCACAGCACCUGGGCCCCCCUGACACCCGGUGUACGCGCCCCUGCAGCCAGAGGAGGAACAUCUUUAAGGAGGACUUCCACAACAUGCCGACCUUCAGUCCACAGAUCAUAAGUCUGGAGUGCAAACAAGGCAUCAGGGGCAACCCUAGGAGGGAGCUCCACAAGCCGGCUACUUUCUUCAACCACAGCUUUGAACUGCCAUACUCUAAUCCCUACUUUGAGCCAGCUCUCAACUCCCCUCUCCAGGACCGACGGCGGGUCAAGCACGAGAGCCUGGAUGAUUUGCAGGCAUCAACCUACUUUGGCCCGACCACAGUGUCUGAGUGUGUCAGCAGUCGGAAGCACUUUAAUAAGGCAGGGAAGCAGUCAGCGUGGCCAAUGAAGAGUCUCAGUCUCAACACAGACGAGGGGCCUCUGGACUUUGACAGGUCACUUGCGACCAGCAAACCACAAGAAAACCAGCAUAAUGUUUGUAUCAUCACGAGCGACAAUGAGCAGAAUUUCCAGAGCCCAAAAGGAAAAGUUGCCGCGUCACCCUCAAGCUUUGCAAAGAAAACCAAUGGCACCAAAACCAAGGAUGUGUCACUGAUGGCAAAUGGACCUGUGGAUAAAAGAGAGGCAGGGAAAAGGUUUUGGGACAAAGCCAUGAAGAGUCCUUCCUUUCAGGUGGGGGACUGUUCCUCCAGUGUUGGCACUCAAACAGAAAAGAAGAAGAAGGCCAAAGAAUACCCUGUAAAGUAUGGAGAAAGAGAGAGACACACUUUCAAACGCCCAGAGGACGAAUCAGAGAUGCUGAGUGAUGACAUAAGCGAUAUUUUCCGUUUUCUGGAUGACAUGAGUGUUUGUGACUCUCUGGGUAUAGUCCAGUCAUCGUGCUACAACAGUAACGGCUCUCUCUCACAGGGAACACUAAAGUCUGAUGCUGACAGCUCCCCUGAACGAAAUACUGUCAAACUCGCCAAGUCCAAGCUGGACCGCCUCUUCCAUUCACUUGAAAAUUCUGAUGAUGAGCUGAAAUCUAGUGUUUGUAAACUGGUGAUGAGAAUCGGUGAAAUAGAGAAGAAGCUUGAGUCGUUGUCAGGCGUCCGAAGUGAAAUCUCCCAGGUGCUCUGCAAACUCAACAAACUGGAUGAGAAGAUCCAGGAACCAGAUGCCAAUGGGAGACAUGGUGAGACGACAUUAGCUUCUGGAUCCAGUGACACGCCUGAAAAACCACUCCCCCUGUCACAUACUGACUCCACCCUUUCUCCCCAUGUUUUCCAGUGCCACACCACAGGUCACAAAGCCAAAAUGGACAGUGGCAGCUUGGGGGAGUGGUACUACUCUGAUGGAAGCAACAGCAACAGCCUCAGAGUGAAGGCUCUGAAGAAGAGCAUGUUCAUCCGUAGGUCAUCCCAUUCACUCAAUGAGGAGAUUGGCGCAGAUGAGUCUAAGGUUACUGCAAUCACCAACUCGCCACGUGAUUGGAGGACAGUGUCCUACUCCUGCCAUCCUGGAGAGGACAGCAAAGACCAAGACAGAGACAUCAAGGACAGACACAAGAAAUCCAAAGAGGCAGAACGUCUGUAUGAGCUACCACAGGCCCUCCGCACCCCAAAACCUUCAAAGGAAACCUACCUGAUGGAGCAGGUUUUCUCACCACAUCCCUUCACUCCGUCCUUCAAGGCCCAUGUGAAGGACAGCCCCCUGUACACCGACCUGAGGAUCAGCAAAGUGCCGGACACCAAGCGGAGCCAACCGUCCUGGACCAUUGAGGAGUACAAACGCAACUCAGGAGAGAAAGGAAAGCCGCUCAGUGCUCUGGACCUGCAGACUGCUGAGUCCUUGAACCCAGACAAUCUGGAUUACUGGAUGGAGGACGUCUACACGCCGGGCUACAAUUCGCUGCUGAAGAGGAAAGAGGCAGAGUUCAGGAGGGCCAAAGCGUGUAAGAUCAGCGCACUGAUCGCCGCCGCGGCCUGCACUGUGAUCCUGGUCAUCGUGGUUCCGAUCUGCACCAUGAGGACAGGAUGAGCGGAUCCUGGACCUCAGCAGUUCCAGCUACUCCACAGUCGCUGUGGGAUGGGCAUGGGCCACCAGAAGUGCC